UUUCCAGAAGACGGCAGUCUAUCUCACCUCUCGCGAUAACUAGAGACGCUAGGGAAAGGUAUCUUGCGUUUACACGGGUAACAAGAGAAGUUUGGGUGGUCUGGGAAAUCGAGUGUACAAACAAGCGGACAUUUUUCGAGUAGCGAAGUUAAAGAAAGUCUUAUUCACCGAAUUGCCUGUCAGACAUCAAACGCAAACCAGUGAUCGGAGUUCUGUGAGAUUUUCCGUUGAAUUUUUUCUUCGUGUCAGCACAGAACAGAAAGUUAGCUUGUCUGCUGCCAUGAGUUUCCUUUUCGGAAAUCGUUCCUCAAAGACCUUCAAGCCAAAAAAGAACAUUCCAGAAGGCUCCCACCAGUAUGACCUGCUGAAACACGCAGAGGCCACUCUGGGCAGCGGGAAUCUGCGGCAGGCCGUCAUGCUGCCGGAGGGAGAGGAUCUCAACGAGUGGAUCGCUGUUAACACCGUGGAUUUCUUUAACCAGAUAAACAUGCUGUACGGCACCAUCACAGAGUUCUGCACGGAGAUCAGCUGCGUCAUCAUGUCCGCAGGGCCCAGGUACGAGUACCACUGGGCCGACGGCACAAACAUUAAGAAGCCCAUCAAAUGCUCCGCCCCCAAAUACAUCGACUACCUGAUGACCUGGGUGCAGGACCAGCUGGACGACGAGACUCUCUUCCCCUCCAAGAUUGGAGUGCCCUUCCCCAAGAACUUCCUGUCCGUGGCGAAGACCAUCCUGAAGAGGCUGUUCAGGGUCUACGCCCACAUCUACCACCAGCACUUUGACUCCGUCAUGCAGCUGCAGGAGGAGGCCCACCUCAACACCUCAUUCAAACACUUCAUCUUCUUCAUACAGGAAUUUAACCUGAUAGAUCGGAGGGAGCUGGCUCCACUGCAGGACCUGAUAGAGAAGCUGGGCUCCAAGGACAGAUAGGCCCCUGAGCCUGGAUCUCUCUGUGACUCCCCCCUGUAAAAGUGUCAUUCUCUGGAUCUCCCUGUAAAAGGGUCAGUGCCUGCUCCUCCCUGUAAAAGGGUCUGUCCCUGAUCCUCCCUGUACAUGGGUCUGUCUGUGAUCCUCCCUGUAAAAGGGUCUGUCUGUGAUCCUCCCUGUAAAAGGGUCUGUCUGUCAUCCUCCCUGUAAAAGGGUCUGUCUCUCAUCCUCCCUGUAAAAGGAUCUGUCUGUGAUCUUCCCUCUAAAAGGAUCUGUCUGUGCUCCUCCCUGUAAAAGGAUCUGUCUGUGAUCCUCCCUGUAAAAGGAUCUGUCUGUGAUCCUCCCUGUAAAAGGAUUUGUCUGUGAUCCUCCCUGUAAAAGGAUCUGUCUGUGAUCCUCCCUGUAAAAUGAUUACAUAUUUUUUCUGAUGUCCAAAAAUAUUUUUCACAUCCAGUUUUUAUUACUUUAUUAGAAUGAAAAAGCAAGACUCUAAAGCAAGUUUAGUGUCACUUUUAUGGACAGAAUUUCUGUUUUUGUUUUAAUUACUUUUAAGAAGUAUUUUUAAAUGUUUCAUACAGGGGUUCCCGGUUCAUAAAUUGCACUGAUGGACAGUGUAUGUUACGUAUGUCAAAGGUAUCAUUUCUAUUAGGGAUUCCUCAACUGGGACCAACUUUUGCCUAUAUACAUCAGAGGCAAUAUAGUCCAAGCCAUUUUUGAUUUUAGUAUUAAAUGAUAUUAUGGAUGUUUUUUUUUUUUUUUAAUUUUAUUUUCCCUCCUCAUUGUAAUAAUUUUACAUUUGGUGUUUUUUGCACAAGAAUUCAGUUUCUGAGUUUAUGAGUUUAUCAUGCGGUCAAACAAUUUCAUAGUUUUUCUUUAUUUUUUAUCCUGAAUUU